CGAUAUGGAAUGAUUUAUCAGGUUCCUCAGCGAUAGUUAUGACCUCCCGGUUACGUGCGUUGGGUGGAAGAAUUAAUAACAUACGUACCUCAGAAUUACCCAAAGAGAAAACACGAUCCGAAGUCAUCUGCAGUAUCCGCUUUUUAGAUGGCUUGGUACAGACCUUUAAAGUUAAUAAGCAAGACACUGGUCAAGUCCUCCUGGAUAUGGCGUACAACUACCUGGGCGUGACAGAAAAGGAGUAUUUUGGUCUGCAACAUGGUGACGACUGCUUGGACUCUCCCAGAUGGCUGGAGUCAGGCAAACCCAUCCGGAAGCAGUUGAAAGGAGGUUUCCCCUGUACCCUGCAUUUUCGAGUAAGAUUUUUUAUACCUGAUCCCAACACACUGCAGCAAGAACAAACCAGGCAUUUGUAUUUCUUACAACUGAAGAUGGAUAUUUGUGAAGGAAGGUUAACCUGCCCUCUUAACUCAACAGUGGUUCUGGCAUCCUACGCAGUACAAUCUCAUUUUGGAGACUAUAACUCUUCUAUACAUCAUCCAGGCUACCUUUCUGAUAGUCAGUUUAUACCAGAUCAAAAUGACGACUUCUUAACGAAGGUGGAAUCUCUCCAUGAACAGCACAGUGGGCUAAAGCAAUCAGAAGCAGAAUCAUGUUACAUCAACAUCGCUCGGACCCUCGACUUCUAUGGAGUAGAACUGCACAGUGGUAGGGAUCUGCACAAUUUAGAUCUAAUGAUUGGAAUUGCUUCCGCGGGCAUCGCUGUGUACCGAAAAUAUAUUUGCACAAGUUUCUAUCCUUGGGUGAACAUCCUCAAAAUUUCUUUCAAAAGGAAAAAGUUCUUUAUACAUCAGCGACAAAAACAGACCGAAUCCAGGGAACAUAUCGUGGCCUUCAACAUGCUAAAUUACCGAUCUUGCAAAAACUUGUGGAAAUCCUGUGUCGAGCACCAUACGUUCUUCCAGGCAAAGAGGCUACUACCUCAGGAAAAGAAUGUUCUGUCUCAGUACUGGACACUGGGCUCUAGGAACCCCAAAAGAUCUGUGAAUAACCAAUAUUGCAAGAAGGUGAUUGGAGGGAUGGUGUGGAACCCAGCCAUGCGGAGAUCUUUCUCAGUGGAGCAUUUGGAAACCAAGAGCCUACCUUCGCGGUCUCCUCCUAUAACCCCCAACUGGCGAAGUCCUCGGCUCCGGCACGAAAUCAGAAAGCCACGCCACUCUUCCGCAGACAACCUUGCUAAUGAAAUGACGUACAUUACGGAAACUGAAGAUGUGUUCUACACAUACAAGGGAUCCCUGUCCCCUAAAGACAGCGAUUCCGAAGUUUCUCAGAAUCGAAGCCCACACCGAGAGAGUUUAUCCGAGAACAAUCCAGCUCAAAGCUGCCUGACCCAGAAGUCAUCCAGUUCUGUGUCUCCAUCUUCAAAUGCUCCAGGCUCCUGCUCCCCAGAUGGCGUUGAUCAGCAGUUCUUAGAGGACUACCACAGGGUGACCAAAGGGGGCUCCACCGAGGACGCCAGCCAGUACUACUGUGACAAGAAUGAGAAUGGUGACAGCUACUUAGUCUUGAUCCGUAUCACGCCUGAUGAAGAUGGAAAAUUUGGAUUUAAUCUUAAGGGAGGAGUCGAUCAAAAGAUGCCUCUUGUGGUAUCGAGGAUAAACCCAGAGUCACCUGCGGACACCUGCAUUCCUAAGCUGAAUGAAGGGGAUCAAAUCGUGUUAAUCAAUGGCCGGGACAUCUCAGAACACACCCAUGACCAAGUGGUGAUGUUCAUCAAGGCCAGUCGGGAGUCCCACUCGAGGGAGCUGGCCCUGGUGAUCAGGAGGAAAGCUGUCCACGUGUGUGCCGACACCAGAUCUGAAGAUGAACUGAACCAGCUCUUCCCAGAGGCCAUGUUCCCCAUAUGUCCGGAGGGUGGGGACACGCUGGAGGGGUCCAUGGAGCAACUAAAGAAGGGCCUCGAAAGCGGGACAUUGCUCAUCCAGUUCGAGCAACUCUAUAGAAAGAAGCCAGGUUUGGCCAUCACGUUUGCAAAGCUGCCUCAAAAUUUGGACAAAAACCGAUACAAAGAUGUGCUGCCUUAUGAUACCACCCGGGUAUUAUUGCAGGGAAAUGAAGAUUACAUUAAUGCAAGCUAUGUGAACUGCUAACCUUGUGAACAAGUACAUUGCUGCUCAGGGACCCCUGCCACAUACCUGUACACAGUUUUGGCAAGUCGUCUGGGAUCAGAAGUUGUCACUUAUCGUCAUGUUGACAACUCUCACAGAGCGAGGGCGGACCAAAUGUCACCAGUACUGGCCCGAUCCCCCCGAUGUCAUGGACCAUGGCAGCUUUCACAUCCGCUGUCAGUCAGAGGACUGCACCAUCGCCUACGUGUCCCGAGAGAUGCUGGUUACGAACACCGAGACUGGGGAAGAGCACACAGUGACGCAUCUCCAGUAUGUGGCAUGGCCCGACCAUGGUGUGCCCGAUGACUCCUCGGACUUUCUGGAAUUUGUAAACUACGUGAGGUCCCUGAGAGUGCACGGUGAACCUGUCCUAGUUCACUGCAGUGCUGGAAUAGGUCGAACCGGCGUGUUGGUCACUAUGGAAACAGCCAUGUGCUCAAUUGAGAGAAACCUGCCUGUUUACCCACUGGAUAUUGUCCGGAAAAUGCGAGACCAGCGCGCCAUGAUGGUACAGACGUCAAGCCAGUACAAGUUUGUGUGUGAAGCGAUUAUUCGUGUGUAUGAAGAAGGCUUAGUCCAAAUGCUGGAUCCCAGUUAAGACAACUGUGAAGCAUUCAUUCCUCUUUCCCAAGGGCAUCUUCCUCAAGAGAGAAGGAUGGACCUUCUUUCUGGAAGCAGCAAGAGGAACUGGUAGCUGUGGGAAGGGAGUGAGCACAUUUGAAGCCAGGCACUUUAAAUUUCUAGAGGAAAGGUAUCUUGUACAUAGGAACUGAUGUAGAUACGCAUGCAAUUCCGGCAUCAUUUAGGCCCGUAUUCCUGCAGAGAGAAAUGAAAAAGGGAUUUCAGUGUGGGGCCUGUCCUAAUGCCCUGCUCCCUAGACAUCACCGUACCCCUGCCAGCCAUCCUUGGACAGGCGAGAGGGGGUGCCAGCAGUGCCGUUGGCCUCCCAGAGGUGAGAUGGUGUGGUCACUUAGGGAUGGGGGCUGUUUUGUGUGUUUAUGUGUACAGAACCGUAAGGGCUCAGCUUUCUGUGCUUCUAGGUGGAGCCAGAACAGUUGUCGUUUCCCUGCCUGAUGCUAAGGAAGCCUCGAUGAAUGUACUCAACAGCAGGGCAGUGGGAACUCAGGCUGAAGGACAGCUGUACCUUUUUUGCUCCACGUUCCUUUGUCCCAUCUCCUUGCCACCCGUGAUACUCAUGUUUCUGAGAAUGUGUCCGAAAGGCUUCUUCUGUCUCCCUGCGUUAAUCCCUCUUCACGUUCACUCUCGGUGCCUGGACCGGAUUAGUCAUGUAUGUUCGGGUGCCUUUUCAGCCGGACUCUGAGAACUAGGACUCCCGGGUCUUCUUGUCAUCAUGCAUCUCAGUUUUAGAAGCAGGUGUGUCUCUCUGUCUCUGCUAGCCUCUUCCUGUAUACUCAGAUCCCAGGACUGGAAUCGCUGACUACUGAAUCUACUACAUGUAUUGCUGCUACUUCAAGCUACUACACUUGAAACAUUAUGGUUUUCCCGAGGGGAGAUGGGACAAUGUCAGCUAAAUAUUCAGAAUCUUCAGGCCUUGUGAGAAAAGUUCUAGACGUUGAACUAUGGCAAACCCAGCUUCUAGAGGGUUGUCCGCGGGGGUGUGUACGUGUACGUGCACCCAUGGGUGAGUGUUUCUCAG